UUGUGAACCACUAAACUACUGACACUAAAUCAACGCAAGACAAACGGAGGAUGUGUUUUGCAUGGCUGAAUUUUGCGAUAACAAAACUUCAAGUAUAAAUAAUAACCGUCCGGAUUAAACUUGUUAAAACAAGAAAUUAGACACUAUCUCACGGGCAUGCUAGUUAGGAAUAACUUCAAGAUGUGGUUGUGGCUGCUGCUAAUUCUUCCAGCCUGCCUGGCAGACACGCCCAGCAAAUCAGCACACAGCCUUGAGAAACAUCCUCACGUGGAUAUCAAGCCUCUGGAAACCACCCACAAUGUCAACCCUCUGGUGAAAGGGGUUCAUCUUGGGCACGAAACGGACGAAAAGCGCCCACAAAGUCACCUACUUCCGGUCAUCCACAAGGGCGACUUCGGUGGCCAUGGAUCCAAUGUUCUUCAGCCGAAGAAAGGAAAAAGUAAACUGGCGAAACUUGACAAGUUGAAACUGAAAAGGAAACGUAAGCAGUGGAGAUUAAAGAAAAGGCUGGAGAAAAAGAGACGACAGCAGCCGGUGCCGGUAAGUAAAGCAAUCAGGGAUGCGGCGAAGGAGGUGAAGAAACAACCAAAAGCGCUGACCAAGAGCAUCAACAGUUUAAAGAAGAAACCGCGAAUGUUGAAAAGUAAGGCGCUUCGGAGAAAACAUGCAAGGGCCCGGAAAAUCAAAGGGAAGAAGGUGAAGAAUGCUAUGCGUGAUCUGAAGGCGAAUGCAACAAAGAAACAACUAGCGACAAAGAAACAACCAAAAGCGCUGACCAAGAGCAUCAACAGUUUAAAGAAGAAACCGAGAAUGUUGAAAAGUAAUGCGCUUCGGCGAAAACAUGCAAGGGCCCGGAAAAUCAAAGGGAAAAAGGUGAAGAAGGCUAUGCGUGAUCUGAAGGCGAAGGCUACAAAGAAACAAACGAAAGCGCUGACCAAGAGCAUGAAGAAACCGCGAAAGUUGAAAAGUAAAGCGCUUCGGAGAAAACUUGCAAGAGCACUGAAAAUCAAAAGGAAGAAGGGGAAGAAAGUAAAGGGUGGUCUCAAAAAACUAAAAAGUAAAACAACAGAUCUUAAAAAGAAGCAGCUACGUAGCGGAGGCGUACGGUUCCGUGGCCGUCAGAGAAUCACCGUGAAUCGGGGGCGACCGGUUCAACACGAGGUGAACGACAACCUGGCCGCGGACGGCCGGACGCAUACGUACAGAACGGAGGGACGCAAUGGAAGGGUGCGAUCUAAGAUGCACGUGACUGUCAGCCGGAACAGGGGCGGUCGCCGUAGAGGGCGUAAAUCGCGGACGGAGGAAACGCAUUAGAAAUAUAGAAAUAUAGAAAUACGUUUAGAUUUAUGGAAUAGCGUGCAUAUUGAAAAUAUAUUUUUCGAAACAUAAUUAUAUAAAAUAUAAAGUGUUUUUAAAAAAUGUGGUUAAACCAAAGACAUUCUUGCUGGUUUUCCUUAACCCUUAAGCUGCUGAUGGCGAUUUUAAAGGCUUUGCAAACAGCUUGGAACCAGACCAGACGCCGAGUAACUCGGCGCCUGGUCAGGUUCCAAGCUGUUUGCCACUCAGUCAAUAUAUCCCCAAAGUUUUAAGUAAAUUGAAAGAAAUUUAGAAUAAACCAGACAACAUUUUUGAGCAGACGACAAUUUACCCAGCAUGCAAAGGGUUAAACCAACGUGCGGACUUGACUUGACACCGCUGCUGAUGCAUAAUAUUUUACAAGUCAACAAAUUACUUUUUAGAAUGUCUUGAAAGUGAUUAUCAUAAUGCGUGUAGUGUGUCUAUAUGAAUGUUUCAGAUAUAGGAUUUUUCUAUCAAUCAUUUUAUAAACUACCGUCCCAACUCGCAAAGAUAAUUAGCUUCAUUUGCAUACACUGUGUUAGGUAAAAACUCAAGUAGUAUUUAUUAAUGUGUCUAUAGCCCUAAGGCAAACAGUCUGACUCUUAAAGCUUCACUCUCACAAAUAUACCGUUUAAACAACUUUUUUUAUUGUUUGUCUUGGAAAGAGCAAAUGUUAGCGUUACUAUCUGCAAACCAAUCAUAAAAUAUUGCUGUAAAAAUCCGAUCGCAGAUUUUCAUAUUUCCGUUCGAAAAUUAAUGUUUUAUAACUUAAACCGUCACUAACGGUUUAAGAAAAAUGCAUAAAACAUUAUUUUUGAACUUAGAACAUAAACAAGUUGUCAAAACGUUCAAUCUGUGAGAGUGCAGUUUUAAGGUGAACGAAAUAAUUCAGACGCUUAGGCGUAGUUCAUUACAAUAAUUGCUAGUUAAUAACUAUGAAAAAUGUUAAUGGUAUUUUUGUGUAUGUUUAUAAGUAAUCUGUUUUUUGUUUUAUAAUAAAUGAAUGACAUACA